CUAUGCGAGGAGCUGGUGCCGCCUCAGUGUAAACCCCUCCUCGCUCUGCAGGUGGACCGCCUUGUGCGUGUUGGGGUGGGUGGCGAGCGUGUUGAGAGUCGGGUGGACACGGGCGAGCUUGGCGAUGCAGGGAGUGCCGAGCAGGGGUGCCAGGAUCUCGAAUGCAAGCGCAUCAGGGAGCGUGCAGAGAGGGGAGAGGACCAGCAACUGAUACAGCAGCAGUCAAAGUGUCAUGAGAAAAGUAGGGAGGGAUGCGUGCCUACGUGUGUGGCGCCUUCUUCUCACCUCCACUUGGAGCAGCUGCAGCAGCAGGUCGAGCUUGGCAUUGGCCAAUAGGGUCGGCCAUCGUCGUCAGGCGGACCAUGGCUCCUGAUCUUGGAGAGAGCGGACUGGCAUACCUCAUGGUGGGUAUCGAUGCUCUGAAGCAGGCGAAAGCAAAAAGAGAAAAAGCGUGUGCACUCACGGCAAUGAAUGCAUUGGCACCUUGCGCAAGUGGGGGCACCCUCCAUCUCGAAGAAUGUAGGGCUUCUUCGACUGCUUGAGUGCCAACACAUCUGACACCUGCAGGAGCCAAACAACGAGAGAAGCCAGGGGCAGAACCAGCGCAUUGAUCGCACCCAGCAGAGUCCUCCUUCUUUCCCUUCCUCCCCUCACCUUGUCUCGAGCUGCUCGAUGGUGCUGGCCUGGUCCAUCGGCCUGCGAUUCAUCACAAAACACAGCAGGUUUGAUAAAUCUGCUUCGCCGUUCCCAUGCCACAUUGUGUGUGCUGACCGCAUCUAGUGCAGCAGAGCAGCACUGACUCCUUCAUCUAUGGCAACAUGGGCCCUCCUGACGACACACCCCUCAUCUGCCGUGCGGGGGACGGACCCAGCGAGGGGAAAAGAGGCAAAUUUUGAACAGAUCUCCAAGCUGAUCGAUCACUCCACCAUUGUCCGUCCACCAGGCGAGCCCUUUGCUUGCAUUCUUCUUUUUCUUCUUCUUUUGCGAGCUACCGUCGCACCAUGCCGAAGGAAGGAUACGACAGACGCGGUUUGAAGAGAUCUAUGACAGGCAGCACACGAGCAGG